AUGCGGGUAAGGCAGCAAUACUCUAGAACCGCAGAUGAUGUCCCGGCAUUUGAUCCGGUAAAAUUGACAUUACAGGAGGGAAUAUGUCGACCACUAAACAAGACCAUAAGAUUGAUGGAGCUUGAGUGGGAAAUGAUGAGUAAUCUGAGGAGGAGGUCCUUGCUGGACUGCGAGGUAAGAGGCUUCCAAGCUUCACGGCAGUGGAGGAAGCUGACAGCUGAGAGAGGUGGAACAGAUCUGAUGGUAUCGAGAGUCCACGGACAUCAGGUGGAUCAGGCGGGUCCGGUGGAUCCGGCGGCGAAGCCGGAGAGAGAGGAGCAGCAGAGCCAACCAUCGUCUUCACCGGAUCUGGAGGUUCCGAUGGUUGGAGACCAUCACUGCAGCAGAAACGGAACAGCGCAGUCAUGGAAAAGGAAGAGAAACACCGUCGGGCUUGGGAGAGCAGGCGAACUGAAACAGAGGAGCUCGUCGGAAAAGGAGGUGACGAGGGAGGAGAACCAGAUUCCGUCUAGACUCUGCGGCGACGAGACGGAGGCUGGCUUCUGUAGAGCUAGACGCGCAAGCGGUCGGCGAGAAAGCAGAGGCGGAGGCUCAUCUGGAUCUGAGAUACGUCGUGCGGCGGCUGCCUCGGGAGGAGUGCCUGGGAGAAAAGAUUAG